GCCUCGCCGAGGCGGGACUCUGGCCGCCGUAUUUUGCAGCUGCGUUCUCCGCGGGCUCUGGGCUCAGCUGUGCGGACUCCCGGCUCCCGGCGUGGGCGCCAUGGUGCUGUGCCCGGUGAUCGGGAAGCUGCUGCACAAGCGCGUGGUGCUGGCCAGCGCCUCCCCACGCCGUCAGGAGAUCCUCAGCAACGCGGGUCUGAGGUUUGAGGUGGUCCCCUCCAGGUUUAAAGAGAAGCUGGACAAAGCCUCCUUCGCCACUCCGUACGGGUACGCCAUGGAGACCGCCAAGCAGAAGGCCCUGGAGGUGGCCACCCGGAUGCACCAGAAGGACCUGCGGACGCCCGACGUGGUCAUCGGGGCCGACACGAUCGUGACGGUCGGGGGGCUGAUUCUGGAGAAGCCGGUGGACAAGCAGGACGCCUACAGGAUGCUGUCCCGCUGUGGCUGUGUUGAGUGUGCUGUUGGAGCUGUGCUGUGUGAGCUGUGCUGUCUGCUGUAUCUGUCUGAGCUUGUGCGUGUUUCCCUGGAGACCACAUGGCAGGACCGUCGGGAAGCAGAGACUGGGGAUGGAGCCAGCGACCAGGGGACGGAGCCACGCGACCAAGACCUCGCGGCCUCCCUGGGUUUUUGGCAGACUCGGCUUGGUGUAGCUCCCACGUUUCAGCAGCAUCGGGUCCACGACGAACCCCUCUUUCCCCAUGAACCAUCCAUAUCUCAACUGUGCACUACACUCGAGUCCACACCUCCACAGCACAGCCAUGCCACUGUCAGGGCACGCGGUGACAAAGCUGGCGGCCAGGCUCACCCCCAGGGCUCUGUCCUUGCAGACCAUCAGCUGCACACCAUCUCGGAAUUCUAUGAGGAAACGACGUUGAACGUUUCUCCGGAGCUGUCUGAGGAGGGCUGCUUGGAAUACAUCCCAAGCGGGGAGCCCAUGGACAAAGCUGGCGGCUACGGGAUCCAGGCCCUGGGCGGGAUGCUGGUUGAGUCUGUGCACGGGGACUUUCUGAACGUCGUGGGCUUCCCGCUGAACCACUUCUGCAAGCAGCUGGGGGAGCUCUACUACCCACCCCGCCCGGAGGACCUGCGGCAGCCCGUCCGGCACGACUCCAUCCCGGCCGUGGACACCUUCGAAGACCUCAGUGAUGUGGAGGGGGGCGGCUCGGAGCCUGCUCAGAGGGAGACGGGCAGCCGCGACGAGAAGGCCGAGGUGGGAGCGGCCGGACAGGCCACGGCCGAGGCCGAGUGCCACAGGACUGGGGCGACCCUGCCCCCGUUCCCCACACGCCUCCUGGAACUGCUGGACGGCUUCAAACUAUCAAAGGCCCUGCUCACUGCUUGCAAGCUGAAGGUGUUUGAUUGGUUAAAAGAUGAAGCACCCCAGAGGGCUCCAGAUAUUGCCAGCAAAGUGGAUGCCUCUGUGUGUGGAACGGAGAAGCUUCUGGACGUCUGUGCUGCCAUGGGGCUCCUGGAGAAGACAGAGCAAGGUUACAGUAACACGGAGACAGCGAACCUUUACCUGGCGUCGGACAGUGAGUACUCUCUGCACGGCUUCAUGUUGCAAAAUAACGACGUCAUCUGGAACCUCUUCACGUACCUGGAGUUUGCCAUCCGAGAGGGGAGAAACCAGCACCACAGGCUGUUGGGGAAGAAGGUGGAAGAUCUGUUCCAGGACGCGUACGACCGGAGCCCGGACACGCAACUGCGGUUCAUGCAGGCCAUGCACGGCGUGGCGAAGCUGACUGCGCGCCAGGUGGCCACGGCCUUCGAUCUGUCCCGCUUCUCCUCCGCCUGCGACGUGGGAGGCUGCACAGGUGCACUGGCCCGAGAGCUGGCCCGUGAGUACCCUCGUCUCCAGGUGACUGUGUUUGACCUCCCCGACGUCGUCGAGCUGGCCGUCCACUUCCAGCCCGCCGGACCGCAGGCAGCGCAGAUCCACUUCGCAGCAGGUGAUUUUUUCAGGGACCCCCUCCCCAGCGCUGAGCUAUACGUCCUGUGCCGGAUCCUGCAUGACUGGUCAGACGACAAAGUCCACAAGUUACUCAGCAAGGUCGCCGAGAGCUGCAAGCCAGGGGCCGGCCUGCUGCUGGUGGAGACACUCCUGGAUGAGAAGAGGGAGGUGCAGGGUGGCCUGAUACAGUCGCUGAACAUGCUGGUGCAGACUGAGGGCAGGGAGCGGAGCAGAGGCGAGUACCAGUGCUUGCUGGAGCUGCACGGCUUCCACCAGGUGCAGGUGGUGCACUUGGAGGGUGUCCUGGAUGCCAUGUUGGCCACCAGAGUGGCCCCCUGAAGCCCAGGCAGCGUGUUCAUUAUAGGGACGUCCUCCCCCAGGCUGCAGGUGGACCACCUGGUCCCCAAGUCCAUAGGACAGUCACAUAGGAGCGUGCAGUCGUGGCUGAAUAAAGAAAGCAAAAGUCUG